AUUCGAGAGAGAGAAUAAUAAAAAAAUGUCUACUAAGACUUCCAUUUUCCAAGCCCUUACCUUCUUGUUCUACCGGUUUGUUCUCCGGCGACAUCGAAACCCUAAACCUAAAUACCAAAAAUACCCUUCCUUGCCCCGAGAGACCGACCUCUCGCGCCGCACAGUCGUCUUUAACGUCGAAGGAGCCUUGCUGAAAUCGGAGUCUCUCUUCUCUUACUUCAUGCUCGUGGCCUUCGAGGCCGGAGGGUUACUGAGGUCAUUUCUCCUCCUCGUUCUCUACCCUUUCAUCUGCAUGAUGAACGACGAAAUGGGCACCAAGGUGAUGGUGAUGGUCAGCUUCUUCGGGCUCAAAGUCGAGAGCUUUAUGGCCGGAAAGUCCGUACUUCCCAAAUUCUUCCUGGAAGACGUGGGGUUCGAUAUGUUCGAUGCGUUGAGGAGAGCGGAGAAGACGGUCGGAGUGAGUGAUCUUCCACGAGUGAUGAUCGAAGGGUUCUUGAAAGAUUACUUGGAGAUCGAUGUUGUGGUCGGGAGAGAGAUGAGGGAGUUUCGUGGAUACUUUGUCGGAAUCAUGGAGGAAAAAAAGAAAUACGAUGAUAUUGGAUUGCUUCACCAAGAGAAGCUGAGUUAUGGCAAUAUCGUCGGCGUCACUUCCUUCAACAAGCCUCUUCGCCAUUAUCUCUUCUCUCAUUGUCGGGACAUUUACUUCGUCAAGAAUCACGACAAGAGAAGCUGGCAAACCCUACCACGAAACAUGUACCCUAACCCACUAAUCUUCCACGACGGUCGACUCGUUAUGAAACCUACCCCUCUGAACACUCUGGCUCUGUUCAUGUGGAUCCCGUUUGCUGUCCCGGCCGCCAUAGCCAGGCUCCUCGUGGCCGUCACCGUUCCGUUCUCCGUAUCCAUCCCCUUGCUCUCCUUCUCGGGCCUCCGUCUAACUGGCUCGACCAAAACCCUAACUGGCAUGCAAGAAAACAACCGAAAAGGUUGUCUCUUUGUCUGUAACCACAGGACAUUGCUAGAUCCACUUUACGUUUCUUUCGCUCUGAAGAAGAAAAACAUGGCCGCCGUCACGUACAGUCUGAGUAGGGUUUCCGAGAUUUUGGCGCCGAUCAGGACCGUACGCUUGACCCGCGACCGUGAACGGGACGGGGAGACAAUGGACAAGUUGUUGAAGGAAGGAGAUCUCGUGGUUUGUCCUGAAGGGACAACUUGCAGAGAGCCGUACUUGUUGAGGUUCAGUCCUUUGUUCUCAGAGAUCAGUGACGUCAUCAUUCCGGUGGCCGUUGACACUCACGUGUCCUUUUUCUACGGUACAACUGCGAGCGGGAUCAAGGCCUUUGACCCGUUUUUCUUCCUCAUGGACCCUUCACCGUCCUACACCGUCCGAUUGCUUGAACCACUUUCCGGGUCGUCCACGUGUCAAGAUCGCGACGGGAGAUCGACGUUCGAGGUGGCUAAUCGUGUGCAGAGCGAGAUCGGGAAGGCCUUGGGUUUCGAGUGCACCCACCUCACCAGAAGAGACAAGUACUUGAUCUUGGCCGGUAACAAUGGCAUCGUUACAAAGAGUUAGAGGUUUUGUAAUUAACCGGUAGGGUCUAUAUAUAUGUUACUUAUUGGUUCAA